AUGAUGGUUGAGUUCAAAUGGAUUUCUUUAUUUCUUACAGCGGUGCUUCAGUUUACAGCAGUGGCUGGAAACCUUUCCAUCUUCAUUGUCAGAGAUGGAGAUGAAGUCACUUUGCCUUGUGGAAAUGUGAUCGGUGGUCAAGACAAAUGUGACAGUACUAGCUGGAUCUUCAGUGCUACAGAAAAUACAGCGCCUGUGUGGCUGAUUGAACGUGGGCAGAUUAGUGAAAAGGCCAUAGCUAAAUCGGAGAGACUGAAUGUUACAGCAAAGUGUUCCCUGGUUGUGAAGAACAUCACAGCUGAGGAUGCUGGUUACUACACCUGCAGACAGUUAAAAUCAAGUCUGCAAGAUGCGCAUGUACAUCUGUCUGUUGUUAACAUGACUGAAUAUGAGGAUGGUGAUAAGGUGACGUUAACCUGCUCUGUGUCGACAUAUGCAGGGUGUGAACACACAGUUAAGUGGCUGUAUGAGGGUAAAGAUGUAGAAGAAGAUAACAAAGACAAGAAGACACUGCAGUCUGACUGCUCAGUUACUGUGACAUUUCUUCCCUCUUAUCUAAAGGCAAACUAUCGUGAGUUGUUAAAAUGUAAAGUAACGGAUAUUUACAUUGGAAAAGUGCAGCUGUUUCCAUUCAUCCCUCAGCUGUCAGAUGAGGAAACAGUCACCUCCUUUGAACAAAUCCGACAUUUGGUGUCUGUGGGAUUAGCCGCACUCAUAGUAAUUGUUGUUGCAGUCAACAUCUGGACAAGAACUAAAGGGACAAAAACACAGAUGGAUGAAAACACAGUGAAUAAUGAUGAAGAUGAAGAUGAUGGCAUGGAGAACAAUGAAAACUCUGGGGACCCUUCUGCCUCUGCCAGACCCCACUGAUCAACAACUUCCAUAUCAUCAGCUCAUCAGAGAAAAUACUUUACUCUUUAAAUAACAGCACAUCAAGACAAAAAAAAUUAAAUCUAGUAUAAUUUAUGGGUUUUGCAUUUAUUUCUCAAUCUGACUGGACAGCAAUAUUACCAAUAACCUAGCGAACUUUAAGUAUAUAAGGAACUGUUUGACAACACCUGUAGCAAAGCUAUACAUGACAACUAUGAUAAUUCCUCACCUAACAUAUUGUAUGACAAGCUGGACCCAGGUAUGCAGUACAACACUAAGGCCUAUUUUAUCACUUUACAAACAAGCACUUAAAGUAUUGGACAAAAAAACCCAACUUUACCACCACUGUAACAUUCUUAAUACUUAUAACCUACUCAAUUGGGAAAAUAUUUUAAAACACAGUGAUGCAUGCCUAAUCUUUAAAAUCAUUAAUGGGAAGGCUCCCCCACCACUCUGUACUUUUAUACAGCAGAAGUCAUCUAGCAGCAGAACCACAAGGUCUGCCUUAAGAGGGGACUGUGUAGUCCCUCGUAGGUCCAGUUCCUUUGGCCAAUUAUGCUUUUCUGUGAGAGCCUCUAAACUAUGGAACCAAUUGCCUGUGGAUAUUAGAAAUUCCACCUCAUACCAUACAUUCUCACACCAUCUUAAGGUCUGGCUUUUGAGCAUACAAAAAUGUGAACACCUCUCAUAAUAAUAAUGUAUGUCUGUCUCUAUAUUUUAGCUGUCGUGUAACUUUUGGUAUAUGUAUGCUAAAUAGAUGGUUAGAUGGUAACUUUAUUAAUGCCCUAACUGUUGUAUGGAUGUAUGGUUAUAUGUUAUAUGUUUUAUGAUGUUAUGUUUUAAUGGAGCCAGUGCUAUGGCAUUAUGUUUUAUUGUUGUAUAUCAAUUGCUGUGUGACUUAAUGUGUUUUAUUAUUUUUGUUUCUUUUAAGCUAUUAUGUGCCUAGUAUAACAUCUUGCCAAUGGACUACAGUUGAAAAUUAGCCUGCUGGCUAACACUGGCACAUUUACAGAAAUGUUGAUUAAUGUGCACUGUCCUUAAAUAAAUAAAUGAAAUGAAGUCUUGAUUUCAUCUCAUAUCAGGUUUUAUGAAAAUGUUUUUUACGGCAUCAGUUGUGAAAAUCUGUAUUUUCUGCAGCCAAUUCAGAUAUUAUAUACAGUAUAUUUUUCUCUGAAAAAAAACAUGAACAGAACUGCUGCUACAUAUUGUGGAGGCUUGAUGUUCUACAUCCUGGCAGUUAAAGGCAGUUCAGUCAAGAUACUCGUCAAUGGGGGCGGGUGUGUACUGCCUUGCUGGUCAGGGUCCCGUACGGCCGGUAGGUGUGUCUGGGGGUGGGUUGAUUCUUAGAUGCAUUGCGGUGCGGGCGUGGGGGACUUUUUCUAAUGUUUUUUUUUUUUUAUGUUGGUUGAUGACAUGGUGUUGGCGGUGGUGCGGCGCUCGGGAUGCCUAGGGCGCGGGCUUGACGGGGGGACCGGUGUUUGCCCUGUAUUCAGCAUGCCGCUGCUGCAGGGUGGGU